AUGUUUUUAAGGCACAUUACCUCAAAAUAUGGAUAUGAAAUGAUGCAAGUAAUGAGGUUUGCUGUUGAGGAGAUUAAUAAUUCCACAAUUCUUUUGCCCAAUGUUUCUCUGGGCUAUGAAAUUUUUGACCAUUGUUCUAACACAAGGAAUUUCCAUUCAGUCUUAAGUUUCAUCUCAAAGAAUGACUCAAUAAAACCUAAAGAAAAACUCAACAACUAUCAGCCUAAAGUGAUUGCUUUAACAGGACCAUAUGGAAGCUCAAGAACUAUAUCUGUUGCACCACUGAUCACAAUGGACCUUAUACCAAUGGUGAAUUAUGGAGCUUCUAGCUAUGUGCUCAGCGAUAAACUUCAGUAUCCUUCUUAUGUAAGAACAAUCCCUAGCAACAAAGACCUGAUAAAGAUGAUUAUUCACAUCAUACGAUGGUUUGGAUGGAACUGGGUUGCCUUUCUUAGUAGUCAACAAGAUAUGGAUGGACUAAAUCUGUUUAACAAAUAUAUUGGAAAUACUGGCAUUUGUUUGGCCUAUCAAGAAGGUCUGAGUCUAAAUGCAAACUACAGUCAAACACUUAAAAAAAUUGAUAAGCUCAACAUCAAUGUCAUUAUAAUUUUUGCUUGGCCACAAUAUGCAGACAAAAUUAUCAAAGCAGCCAUAGCAAGCAACAUCCAAGACAAAGUAUGGAUUGCAAGUCAACACUGGGCUAUGAAUAAACAGCUUCCAAGUGAGCCAGGAAUUGGGAAAAUUGGCACAAUCAUUGGCAUUACUGAUAACCUGUUGUCACUGCCUGGAUUUAAUGAAUUUGUCUAUAAAGCCAAAGGAACAACUGAUGUUGGCUAUAAUGAUAGAGUUGAGAGUGAAGUCCAGGGAAAGAGCAAGACAUGUAAUCACGAUUGUGAUUACUGCGCAUUUUUGACCGCAGAGGAGAUUAUAAAUGAAAAUCCCACAUACUCCUUUUCCAUCUAUGCUGCUAUAUAUACCAUAGCUCAUGCAUUACAUAAAGUUCUGCAGUGUGACAUGAAUGAAUGCCACAAAAAUACAGUGGUUAAGCCAUACAUGCUUUUGGGAGAAAUGAAGAAAUUGGAUUUUCCACUCCGUGGCCGUCACAUUAAAUACGAUGACCAUUUUGAUCCAACCAUCAGUUUUUCAGUUGUUCUCUGGCGCACUGAUGUGAAUCCUCCACAGUUCGAGAUGGUGGGCUCAUAUGAGAAUCAUCCAGAAAUUUAUUUCACCAUAGACAACUCUCUCCUUCUCUGGCAUAACAAUGGUUCUGUUCCUUUCUCAAACUGCUCUGUUGAGUGUGAGGCGGGAUAUUCAAGGAAACCUGAAGGUUUUCAUAGUUGCUGCUUUUCAUGUGCAAAAUGCCCACCUAACACCUAUGUGGAUUUUUCUCAAGAGACAUGCGGGCGUGUGGGUGGACUCUCUGCCCAGCUUCCCUCACAGUCAGGGCAUGGUUGA